AUGCUCUACGAGUUAAUAGCUAUAGUACGACCCGGCAACGUGACCGAGGUCAAAGAAAUCGCCAAGACCGUCGGGUCCACGAUCCUGCGCAACGGCGGCGUCGUGCGCGGCCUCGCCAACUGGGGCGUCUUCUCCCUGCCGCGGCCCGUGUCGGUGCACCAGAUGAAGCACCACCACGGGCACUACUUUGUGAUGCGCUACGAUGCCUCGGCCAAGCUGCACAGCGAGGUGCGCAGCGUCAUGCGUCUCGAGCCGCGCAUGAUCCGCGCCGCCCACGUCAAGCUCGGCGACGGCAAGCUCGAAACCCUGGCGCGCUUCGGCGCGCCCAAGUGGCGGACCGAGGGCGGCGAGGCGUAG